AUGAAAUUCCGAAAAUUAAAAGUCAAGUCAGAAAACGAGGGAUUAAAAGCUCUGGUGGAUAAAUCAUACAACGUGAGUGAAGGAGAAAAUGAAGGAAACCUGUGGAUUCCUCUAGCUACUGUAUGCUUCGUUCUUGCCGCAGCAGUUAUCUUUGCGGGAGUUUUAACAAUGCCAGCUGCCACGAAGAUGCCAGAUGAAUCUUCGGUUAAGCUAUUGUCGAAUGAUUCUACACCUCGUCUCGUUUUCCUCAUCAUUGAUGCCCUACGAUUGUCUUUCCUCACUUCUCCAUCUUCCCCAAUGAAUUAUACUAAAAACUCAAUAAUUGAAAAUGAAGCAGUUCUAUUCAAUGCACAUGCCCGUAUGCCGACGGUAACAUUGCCGAGGAUUACGUCGUACUUGUCUGGAACUCUUCCUUCGUUUGGCACGAUGCUCACCAAUUUUGCUGCUAACCGGAUUAAUGUGGAAAAUUGGGUGACAAGUCUGAAAGCUCAUGGAAACAAUCUUCAUUUCUUCGGUGAUGAUACUUGGUUGAAAUUAUUUCCGGACGAAUUCGAAAAAUCUGAAGGCGUCACUUCCUUCUUUGUCAAUGAUUACACCGAAGUUGACAAUAAUGUGACGACCCAUUUGGUGGAGGAGUUGAUGGAUAGGACUUGGGAUGUUCUGAUUCUGCAUUAUCUGGGAUUAGAUCAUAUUGGACAUUCACUGGGAGGAACAUCGCCAAUGAUCGAGACAAAACUCAAAGAAAUGGACGAGAUCAUCGAUGAUAUACAAAGCCAUUUUCGAAAUGAUGAAAGAACAACAUAUUUGAUAAUUUGUGGAGAUCACGGAAUGACGCCGGCUGGAUCGCAUGGAGGUGCAAGUUCGGACGAAUCAAGAGUUCCAGUAGUUAUUUGGAGUAAUAAAAUGAGGAAUGACUAUUUUGAAGUAAAACACAAACAAUCGUUUAAUGAAGACAAAAUUCCGAAAAUUGAGCAAUUGGAUGUGUCUACGACGAUUUUCGAACUCUUUUAUCUCUUUCCGCCUGAAGAUUCGUUUGGAAUUUCUCUCAUACCGACACUUUCGCAAUAUAUCGGAAUUGGUGUGGAAGAAGUUGAACGCAGCUAUUUUUCCAUGUUCGCCCAUUAUUCGUAUCUGACAAGAAAAUUGAACAUGAAAAUGGCUUGUGAUCAAUUAGAUAUUUCGAAAAAAUUAGUUAUUGAGAAUUGUCAAAAAGAAUACAAAAAAAUUCAAGAGUACAUGAUUUCGAAAUCAUCGAGUGUUCCGAGUCUCAACAUGAUUAUCGCAUUUGGAUUGAUUGCUGUGGCAACAUUCGCAGUAUUUGCGUAUCAGCGGGCAGUAUUCCUCAAAGCAGAUUAUUAUUUUCUCCCAAUUUGUCUUUUAUAUUUUUCGAGCAGCUUUGUCGAGGAAGAGCACGAAAUUUGGUUCUAUUUAUCCAGCACUGCUAUCAUGUUUAACGUCAUAAGCAAAUUUUUGAAUCGUGAAGAUUUCGCGCGAAACAACUCGCCUACAAAUUUAUGCUUCUAUCACAUAAUCGGUGUCCGAUUCUAUCAAUCAAUUCGAAGACGAUGGGCGAUGGAUCCCAGUUUGUUGCCGCCUGAUGUAUUCCCGGAUGAUUUUGCACAAAUCAUUCAUCAAGGAUUAAACACGACGAGUGAUAUUAGAUACGACUUAAUGGCAACGGAUGCCGAUAAAUUCUACUACUUAAUUCCUCUUAUCCCAAUGUUCAUGGCAUAUUUUGCGAACAGGUCAUACGAUACUCGAAGAAAAACUACCGGUUAUAAUGUAGUGCUCAUUGUCAUGUGGUAUCUUACUUUUAGUUUGGAAAUGCUUGAGCUAACAAGCUAUCGUAAUAUCUGCUGUAGUGUGAUCUAUGCUCUUGUUGGAAUGGCGAUUGUUAUCGAAGAGAAAUACUCUUUCAUUUUGGCAAUUUUCGCGAUCAAUCUUCCAUUCCACGACUUUUUCGCUCUUGUCACCACAUUUCUUGCCGGAAUGGAAGCCAGUUGUGUCAGACAUUAUGAAAUUACCCGAUUGCUGAUAUUGAUGGCUUCUUUCUUCUACACGGGCAAUUCCAACAGUUUUUCGACAUUAAAUCUAGCCGCUGCUUAUAAGGACUUGACAUUCUAUAAUCCGAUAAUUGUCGGAAUUCGCCUCUUCUUUAUCACCUAUUCGGGACCGAUUGCAUUCCUUUGCGGAUGUUUGUGA